AUGGCGCUCUUGGGUCGCUCAGAAGUUGUACCAGCCGAUGAUAAUCAAGGUACUACUAACAAGCCCAUUCCCAAAGUCUACUUUAUCAUUGCUGUCAUUGCAGUACUCUUCUUGGUGGCAGCAAGGAUAUGCGUCUUGCGAAGCAGAAACCGACCUUUCACAGACUUCUUCUCUCCCAGGCGGUCAAGUCCUCUCACAGAAUUAUUCUCUGCCAGGCCAUCAAAUCCUUACGACAACUCUCAGGCUCCCGAAGACCAUACAUUCAGCUCUUCAUAUCAACCCUCUCAUCGGAUAUAUCGUCCUACCCCUCCUCCAUCAGUUCAUCACCAUGAUCGCAGAGUCAAUGCUGCGGAUACUGAUUCUGCCGGGCGCAGAAUUGGAGGCCCUGAUGAUUCAGAUUGGGAUGGGAAAGAUAUACUUCCUGCCUACAAUAAAUAUGAUCGCCCUCCCAAGUACGACUUCGGUGGAGUGCCACCCACUCAAGGAUAUACAGCAUCUGCUGAGAAUUACCCACGCAACCACACAGUUGCGGCAAGCACUGAAGCCACUCCUGUUGUAGAAGAUCAAUCUGUGGCUUCUUUAAGGACUGGUCCUUCUGAUGGAGAUGAUCCCACUCUGCCUGCGCCGCGCCAUGAGGCAUCUACAUAG